UUAAUUUGAUAAAUAUUCUUGUUGUUUUUCUAGAUUGAGAAAGGCGUUGAAUCUAAACCGUUCUCCUACUACUCAAGGAGCUUGCUCAGGAUAGUUGCGGAGGAGACCGGGAACUACACCUGCAGUGCCAUGAACCAACUGACCGAUACACUUACCCAGGAUACAAAAAGUUUUAUGAUCUAUGUGGAACGAGCAGAGCAGGAACACCAAGAAGGUGCUGCUGGAGGGUAUUGUGCUCCAUACUCAGGAAAGGUUUGCCGAAGUCACCUCCAAGGAAGAGGUUUGGUUUGGUUUGAUAUCUCACAGGAUAAUGCUGGUGGUUGGUUAAAUGAAGAGAUUACUAGUGGACUACAGGAGGAACUAAUCGACAAGCUGCAGGAACCUUGCAGGACAGCUGCUCAGACUGUACUAUGCCGGUUUGCAUUCCCAAGCUGUAUAAUGGAGAAGGGAGUAGCUGCCGGUUUACCUAUCUGUUACGAGGACUGUAUAGCUCUCAGGCAACAUUUUUGCUAUUCUGAGUGGGAAAUGAUUCUAAGCAAAAAGAAAAAAGGUGUGUUUUAUAACUCACGUGGGCACUUCCGUUUACCUGACUGUGAUGACCUACCCAGCUAUGCGAGCAGUAACUCUAGCUGUACUAAUACAGGGGUCACAGAUAUGCGUUGGGAUCUUGCUACAAGGUGA